AUAUCACAACAAAUUCAUCAUUUAAACAGCUAUCAUCAAACUUGUGUGAAUUGAUACUUUCCCUUCCUCCAGCAAUAUGCAAAGCAGGAAGAUCAAUGGAUAUCCACAACAGCAAUACUAUGAUGAUGAUUGCUCGUGGAUGGAAACUAAGGCUCAACAGCUACAAAGCCACGGAUAUCCACAGACACAGCAAUAUCCAGGCAUGAAACCAGGUUAUGGCAACGAAUAUGAUUACUCCAUGCCAAACCGUCAUGGCCAUGACUCUAACCACAAUAUGUAUCAUCAGGACAGCAAGCCUCAUGGCCAUGGUCAUGGAUAUGGUGGUGGCCAGAAUGAUUAUGUAUCAGAGCAUAAGUAUGAAGCUUACAAGGAGGAGCGUAUAAACGGUUCUGCCGUGACGAAGAGGGAUGAAGUUAGAUAUGAAAGGCGUGGAACAUAUGGAGGAGAUGUUCAUCAGGCCAAUCCAUAUGGGUACAGUAACAACCCACAUGGUCAUGGAACAAAGAAAGGCAAUUGGACACUAAAAGGAUUCUAAUAUGAUUACCACCUUUGAAUUCAGCCUGUAAUAAUAAAUGGUGUGCUUGCUUUGUUUUCUAUUUUCUUGCUGUAAUAAGAUCAUGCCCAUAUAAUAUAUGGUGCUUCAUAUAUAUGAUCAAUGUUAUCUGUAACUCACUAUGAAGCUAUAAUAAGACAUUUGUGGAUUUAUAUA